CAGGGACAGGGCUGCCUGUUUCUUCGUAUUCCGGCCCCUCUUCCCCUCGCGUUCCUCUCCGUUUCCUCGUGAGAGAAACAAAGGGAGCGGAGAGGAGAAGAGAGAAAAGAGCAAGAAGACUCGGGGAAGAAGCCAUCAGAGCGAGAGAGGAGAUCGAGCGAGAGAUAGAGAGGAAGAAAGAGGAAAGAGAUCUCGUUAGGGUUUCCAUCGGUCGCUUGGUUUGCUUUUGUUGAUCCCGUUCUCCGAGGAUUGUUCUCUUUUUUGAAAAAUCUCCGAUGGGAAUAGGCGAAAUCGUUCUUGAUCCAUGGGGUUGAUGCGUCUUCUUUAGGAUUUUCGGUGUCUUGUCGUCAUUUCUGGCUAUUGAUCCUCGUCUCUUGUUGAUGUGUCUUUUCCCUCCCGCGGCCGAUUCGAAUGCGAAGGAACCCCACCAGUUUCUUGGCAUUCGACCGCUCCCUGUCCUCUUCUUUCAGCGGAAAGGCUUCUCCUUUUGCCUCUCCAGGGAUCGAUGGGAUAAGGAGUUCGCCAUAUUGCAGGCGGGAUAAUUAGUGGGGAGAGGAUUUAUCUGGAAAGCUCUAGAUUUGCUUCGUUGUUCUCUUUGUUGGGUUUCUUUAGGGUUUGAUUGGGGUUGUUGGUGGGUUGAGAAAUGGGUUCUUCCCAGGGGUCGACGCUGACUUCGGCGGCCGACGUGGAUGUCCGCCUGGUGGAUAUUUUGCCGGUGUAUGUCAAGGAGUUGAUCGCCGGAGGAGCUGCGGGGGGUUUCUCAAAGACCGCCGUGGCACCAUUGGAGCGCGUUAAAAUUCUCUUGCAGACGAGAACUGAAGAAUUCAAAUCUCUUGGAAUCUUCCAAUCUCUGAGGAAGCUGAAGCAACAUGAUGGUAUUUUAGGAUUCUAUAAAGGCAAUGGUGCUAGUGUGCUUAGAAUUGUUCCAUAUGCAGCAUUACACUUUAUGACAUAUGAGCAGUAUCGAUGUUGGAUAGUGAAUAAUUAUCCCUCUUUGGGUACUGGACCUCUUAUAGAUCUGUUAGCUGGCUCUGCUGCUGGUGGAACUGCUGUUUUGUGCACCUAUCCCUUAGACUUGGCUCGGACUAGACUUGCUUACCAGGUAACAAGCACGGAACAACUCGGUAAUCGUUUGAGAAGUUUUAAUGCUCGGCCUGCUUAUAGUGGAAUAACGGAUGUUUUAAAGAAUGUUUAUAUGGAAGGUGGAAUACGUUCUCUAUAUCGUGGAGUAGGGCCAACACUUAUUGGCAUCCUUCCCUAUGCUGGUCUGAAAUUUUACAUUUAUGAAGAGCUCAAAACCCAUGUACCUGAUGAAUAUAAGAAAUCUGUCAUACUGCGUCUCUCUUGUGGAGCUUUAGCUGGUCUGUUUGGUCAGACUCUUACAUACCCACUAGAUGUGGUCCGGAGACAGAUGCAGGUCCAAAAUCAGCAAUCAGUGAAUCAACUUGGUGCUCCUCGCAUCACGGGGACGCUGCAAGGGCUUUCUACCAUCGUCCGCACCCAGGGAUGGAGGCAACUGUUUGCUGGUCUGAGCCUCAACUAUGUCAAGGUUGUUCCUUCGGUGGCCAUUGGUUUCACGGCGUACGACAUGAUGAAGACCGUGCUGCGAGUCCCCCCACGGGAGAAGACUGCUGCUUCAUCUCCUGCUGCUGCAUGAUGACACAAUAUUCCAGAGUGAAGUUGAUUUACCAAUGGGUGUGGAAGCAACUUGGCUACAGUGUAACGCUAUCAUUUGACUUUGGAUAGAUUGGGGUACUUGCUCGAAGCAUUAUACAUUCAGUUUCCAGCAUCUGCCAGUAUAUGGAAUUCCUGCAGCUCCUCAUUAAUUUGGUGAAUCAUCUUCCUUGAUUGUUUUUUAAAAAAACUAGUUAAUUGGAAGGACAGGAGGACUAGUCGCUGCCUUGCUACUCAAUGUUCUUGAAAGCUGAGAGGCAUUAUUAUUUUUUUUUUAAUUUUCCUAUCUUGUGAGACUCGAAAAAGAAAUAAAACAAAUCAUUGAUCACUUUGUUUCUUUCUGA